UUUUGAGGUAAAACCUAAAUUUUAAUACGUAUAUCUGACGGUAAGAUAUUUAUUUGUUUGGGAGGAUCGUUUUUUUUUUCCACUACUGUUUUUCAUUGCAAUGUAUGCUCUUAAUAAAGUAUGAAAUGUUGUAAUUUUAAAAUCUUUAAUAUGAAAUUGAUCAAAGAAAUAUUUAUAUAUUUAGCUAGCGAAAGUUAUUGUUGAGCGAGGAGUGGGAUGAUGUAUAGUUUUUAAUUGCCGUCGUGAUUAUCAUUUUAACACUUCAUGUUUUAAAGGGACACUUUGGAAAUUAAACGUAUCUGAAUACUGUCUUCUAGAUAUUUUAAAUAAUAACUGCUGGCAUGGUAAGCUCGGCAGGUAUUUACUUCUCGUCAUUUCUUGUUUAGAUUAAUAUUUUCUGUCUUCUUAUCUCGUUUACUCGGAAGGUACAGAACUAAUAUCCAGUAUUUUUUGAAUUUCAUUCCAACAUAAAUGAUAACAGUAAUAUUUACCAAACUUAGGAGAACUUUAAAGACAAACAGGACGUUCACUAAGUUAAAAGGAUAUUAAAUACAUAAUUCAACUGUUACUGAACCCUCAUAACGAGUACAAUUAAUAAACGUUGUAUAUAUUUUGCACCCAUUCGAUGUCAAGUUAUUUCAAUUAAACACGCAACUUCCUUUACAAACUUACGAGACUACAUUCAGACUACAAUUCUUUUGCACUAUAUUAUGAUUAUAUCCUGUAAUUGAACAACAUUUAAUGGUUUUCAGAUUGAAAUUCACAAAGGAAGAAUUUAGAGAAAAUAGUACAUGUUAUAUAUCAAAUUCAGAAGGGAAAAUGUUAUUCAUAAGUGACAAUACCCGGAGGCAGUAGAUGUCGACAUCGCAAUACCGGUCACCUGUUACCAAUAUAUGUUACCAAUACCAAAUAGCUGUUGUCUCCCCUGAUAUCGAUUUUCUGCAAUAUCGGUCAUGAGGUCAAUUCUUCCUCAUGAUGGGACUAUUAGGACGAGCCGAGUCACUUGAAUGUUACAGCUGUUCUCAUGUUGUCAACUCGACAGAUUGUAGAUCUACAGUAACAUGUUCAAAUGACCAGGUGUGUUAUAAAAAGCGAGAAUUCACAAGCCAAAUCUACUUUGAUUUCGGAUGUGUGGAUAAACAGAGUUGUGGUAGAUACGCCAAAAUCCCAAAUAGCACGGUAGCCGUGAAAAUGGAUGGAGGUCAAACACAGUAUUGUUACGAGUGCUGCUCAUCGGACAAAUGUAACAGAAACCUAUGUGAACAUUCAAGCCCGGCAUCUUGCACCGAUGAUGAAACUUUUGAUUGUGCUCGAUGGAACUCUGUAUUCAGUAUCUGCGAGAAUAUCAACAAAGCAAAGCUUUUUUUGUCCAAAAUAUUGUAACCUUUGCCAUAUAGUUGAUGGAAACUGGUCUCCCUGGUCAUCAUGGUCGCUGUGUGAUGUCACGUGUGGAAAUGGAACAGAGUCUCGUGUUCGAUAUUGUACUGAUCCCCCACCACAAUACGGUGGUCUUGAUUGUCCAGGGGAAGGAACUGAUUUGAAAACAUGCAAACGGCAGUUAUGCCCUGUGCAUGGUGGCUGGAGUGAUUGGGGACCCUGGGGAACUUGUCCGGAGACUUGCGGUAUAGGAAUGAUGAGUCGGACUAGAUCGUGUACCAACCCCGUCCCAGAGCGUUUCGGAGACCACUGUUUCGGAAACAGUCUAGAGAACGCGUUGUGCCGAUCAGAACCUUGUGCAAUACAAGGUGACUGGGGUGGCUGGGCACAAUGGGGUGAAUGCUCAGUAACAUGUGGUAUAGGUAUGCAGGCUCGAGCAAGAUCGUGUAAUAACCCUACACAAGAGGGUUACGGCAACAUCUGUUCUGGACGGGAUUUAGAUGUCAAGUUGUGUUACCCAGGCCUUUGUGGAAACACUUGGUCAGAAUGGCAGUCCUGGAGUACAUGUAGUGUUGAUUGUGAAGGUGGCGUUCGUACCCGAUCUCGGUGGUGUUUUAAUCCAACAACCUUCAAAUCAGAAGGCGAUUGCUCUGGAAGUUCUACCGAAACUGAGUCAUGUGGAAAUACAGGGUGCAUUACGGAUUGCUAUGAUGUACUUAAGAAGCAGAAUGCAACAAAGAGUGGAGUUUACAAUAUAACUUUGUGGCGGUCGAAACAAAACACACAAGUAUACUGUGACAUGGAAACUGACAAUGGCGGAUGGACUGUGUUUCAAUACCGUUGCAAUGGUGCAGUUGACUUCUACAGAAAUUUUACUGAAUAUGAGAGAGGAUUCGGUGAUUUUCGGACAGAAUUUUGGUUAGGUCUAAUUAUUGUUCAGGAAAUGGCAGCUCAAGGUAAAAAUGAACUGAGGUUGGACCUUUCAGCAGCUGAUGGCUCAAAUGUUUUCGAAACCUUUCAGAACUUUGUCCUCGGACCAGGUCCCAACUAUACUCUAAACUUUGACCGGGGAAUUGGAACAGCCAGAUACACAAAAUUGAAUAAUAAGUAAACACUUGACGGGCCUCACUGGUUUCAUUUCAUUACUGACGUAGAUAACAAAUGACGUCUAAUACAUAGUACAGUACUUGGAAAUAGUUGCAGCCAUGUUUAUAAUGUCAGUUGCGGUACAUUAUGAUAGAUGGACUUUGGAAAUAAUUAUGUUAUUGGAGAUUUCCUGAAAAACAUAUUCGUGUUAACUUCGGCAAUCGGACAUUCAGCUUCUGAAAUGUGACAGGUUUAUCACAUCACAACGGCUGUGCCUUUUCGACAUUCGACACGGACCAUGAUCGACUUUCUAGAAUGAACUGCGCUGCCUAUUACCAUGGUGCGUGGUGGUACAAUGCCUGAUAUCAAGCCAAUCUGAAUGGGAAGUAUUUAAUACCUGGAACACGAGAUCCGAAGGGUAUGGCCUACAAUCAAUUUAAAGGCGGUGAAUCACUAAGAACUUCCAAAAUGAUGUUUCGACGAGUCUGACGUCAUUAUUAAAGUUUGACUUCAUUAAGGUGAUUGAAGUAAUUGUAAAUAGUGAUUUUUGUACUAACUUAAGUAAUCUUAUUACCCUUGUGGAAUUGGUGUUUCUUGUAUCGUUAUAAACAUACUAUAGCUCGGUAUAAACUCGGUUUAUUAUGAUAAAUGUAUAAAGGUGGAGCAGAAUUUGCUUAUCCUUUGGAAAGUGGAUGCACUGUUCUUCUAUAAAUAGAUAUGAUUAAAUGUGUGAGACUGAUUUCCUCCAGUUCAUCCACUAACAGCGUUAUUGAAAUGUGUUUGUAUAAUUGAAAUAUGCCACUGUUAUUUAAAUAUAUACUAACAACCGAAAUCUUAUAAAAUAAAAGAAAUAUUUAGCUUUAUUCUAGAUGUGCAUUCAGCGCUUUUACUUUUUAUAAAAUAUAUUGGAAAAGAGCUGCUUACAAACUGAAAAUACAGCAGCAGAUAAGUAAAAACUACACAUUUAAAAUAAGAAUAUAACGUUCAGAAAUAAGAUUUCCCUCGACUUUUGUACUAGCCUAAGUCCUUUUCCGUCUUCGAGAUUGUAUUUUAAAGCUAUUGUCGUCCUUUUUUAUGAUAUUAUCACUUGUUGAUUUAACUUGUCUUGAUAACACAAAGUAAACAGUAAACUUACUGAUAGUAUCAGAAAUAGUGAAAUGUGUUCAUAAGUAUAUCUAGAGGCAAACAUGUAUGAAAGGAAAUGUAAUCAAUGUUCAGAAUGUGACAUAAUAACCAAAAGUUUUGCACAGUGGACUAAUUUGAUCUGGUAACAAGCUGGAAAUUAUCAUACUUAAAAAAUGUACUUUUUGCGUAUAACGCAUUAACUGACAGUUGUUUGUAUAAAUACCAUCAUUAUACUUUUUAUAAUUUUGUGAAGUUAAAUUAUAUCUAUAUCUUGGAUUGAUUUUCAAUGUUUGAAUUCAUCAUUCCUUCUGAUUCUAUAUCUUUUUUAUUUUGUUCUAGCAAUAUGUUAAUGCCAAUGUUUAUGUUUUAUUAUUUUUAUAGUAAAUAAUGAUGUUAGUUAAAUGCAA